UCGACCAUCUUGACAAUAUAAUAGACAAUCUUCGGCGAGAGAAAACUGCUAGACUCCUUUUUUGUCUUCAUAGCCACAUUAAAACGUAACGGACUGUCGGAAUUAGGAAGAUAGAAGAUUUACUACCCUAUAUUUGCCCUCCGUAAAUAAUCAAACAAUGAGGCAUUCAUAUCUCCCAUGUCUGUUAUAUGGCAAAACGUUUUGAUCAAUGUGUCUGCACGAAAAAUGAAAUGACCGAUUUAUAUAAUCAGAAAUAAAUAAAACGCACUCCAGGCUUUAUUAAGUGGAUAUUACGUGCCUUUUAACGACAGAGAGCAGGUUUUCGUGAGGACUUUUUGUUAUUUAAUUUUUUUAAAUGACAUUUACAGAUUUCAUAUAAAAGGUUGCUGCAACAACAAAGACAAUGCAUUCAUAGGAGAGGAGGAUUGCUUGCUACCUUAAGGUGAUAGAGUGAGGCAGCGUGCAGCAUUUGUCCAGGCCAGCCCAGGCCCAGGGGAGUGACCGACCGAGCGGAUGCCCUAGACUGUGCGGCAGGGGCGGCAGGCUCAACCAUGACUCGGCUGAUGUUAGGCCGGACCCUGGAGCGCAUCUGCAAGGCUGUCCUGCUGCUCUGCCUGGUGCACUUCGUCAUCAUGAUGAUCCUCUACUUCGACGUCUACAGCCAGCGCUUCGACCAGAUCUUCAGCCGCUUCAACAACGGCCGCAACGCCAGCCGCAACGGACACCACUACUACUACAACCUCAGCCGGCCCAACGCCACCUUCGCCAGCUACCUGGCCACCGCAGACCAGCUGCUGCCCAGCGUACGACCUGAGGGAAACCACACGCCACCAACUGCCAAACCUAUACCACCGUGCCCGGAGAUACCCCCUGGUCUGGUGGGCCGCCUCCUCAUCGAGUUUGCCUCCCAGAUGACAAUGGAACGGGUGCAGAAGGAGAACCCAAACGUGACGGAGGGGGGCAAGUACACCCCACCGGACUGCCGUGCCAAACAGAAGGUGGCUAUCAUUAUUCCAUUCAGACACAGAGACAACCACCUCAAGUACUGGUUGCACUACCUGCACCCCAUCCUACGACGGCAGAAGAUCGACUACGCCAUCUAUAUCAUCACCCAGCUUGGUGAGGACACCUUCAACAGAGCCAAGCUCCUGAAUGUGGGCUACACUGAGGCCCUGAAGGAUGCAGAGUACGACUGCUUCAUCUUCAGCGAUGUGGACCUCAUCCCUAUGGACGACCGUAACCUCUACCACUGUUACGACCAGCCACGACACUUUGCCAUCGCUAUGGACAAGUUUGGCUUCAGGCUUCCUUAUGCGGGGUACUUUGGCGGGGUUUCCGGACUGAGCAAAAAACAGUUUCUCAAGAUCAAUGGAUUCCCCAACGAGUACUGGGGCUGGGGAGGAGAAGAUGACGACAUCUAUAACAGGAUCACCCUCAACGGGAUGAAGGUGGUUCGACCGGACGUCCGGAUCGGACGCUACAGGAUGAUCAAACACGAAAGAGACAAGCACAAUGAACCCAACCCACAAAGAUUCAACAAGAUCCAGAACACCAAGAACACUAUGAAGAGAGACGGGAUCAGCACGUUAACGUACCGCGUGCUACAGUUUAAAAAGUACCCUCUCUACACCAACAUCUCUGUGGAGAUCGGCAAGCCCCCGCCCCGGCCUUUCAGGGGCUAGACAGAUAGAGAGCCCCGGCCUGGACAUGGAGAGGGAAGGAUGGAUGAGGAGGAAGGGAGAAGGGGGAGAGAACUUUAAUGCGCAGCAGAGAGCCUUCAUCUCCUCCUCUACCUCCCUCAGCCUGACUCAGAUACCCCCCACCGACCUGCGCUAGGAGUCUGCCCUGGCCUCUCACAGCCCAGUCUGUGUGGGGAUACUGGUACACACUCGUUGCCCUCCCACCCUGCCAAUGGCUCGACGGUUACGGCAGGCCUACAACAUGGCUGGGACCCUGACUGACUGACUAGCUCUCAGGAAUAGAUGAGGACAGAGGAUAUAUCAGAUUAGAUUCAGAUUCAUUCCCCUAUCGACAGUGCUGUUCUGGAUAUGGACACACUGUACAUGAAACACACAGCAAUAAGUCCAGUGCUACUGGUGUCUUGGUCCUGAUAACACAAAGCAACGGGGGUUCAAGAGGAGUCAUAUUAUAUUGGGUUGUUGAUAUGCUGGGGGUUGGGUUUGGGAUUCAGAGUUACAUGAGCAGAACCAAGAAGAACUGCCCUGAUCUCUCUGUGAGAAUCUGUCAAUCAGAACACUAUAUCGGCGCAAAAUGAAUGUGUACUGUCCUGUGUCUGCAUCCAAUGCAGGCUUUCCCCAUUUCCCAUGUCUCUGACGUUGACAAACGGUGCUGGAGGAGAGCGACAAUGUGCACCAACACUUUUUAUUAAGACAAAGAGGUGUGACUUUCUGUGGAGAGAAUCAAGGUUGAGUGAAUAAAGACCUCCUGGUAGUGGAUGGAUAUGGCUAUUCAAGGAACUCGUUUUGACCUGUUUGCGGAGGACAAAGGUCCAGCAAAUGGUAGAGAAGAUGGACUUCUGGCAUGGUUCUGACAGGUUAUUAUUAGAGACUUUUCUGUUGACGUGUUCUCACGCACAGAGAAGGUUACAUUAGAUACUGAUGAAAGUGUAAACGUUUGCUGUAUGACAAUGUGUCCCAGACAGUUUUAGAAGAGGAUCAUCUAUUGCUCAAAUACAAGACUCUUUGCUCCACUUUUUUCUUUAAUUUCUAUUUCAAAAUGCCAUCCACGUUUUUGGAAAAGAAAAUGACAAGGCAUUGAUAACCUAGUGGUUUAAAUUGUGAAUACUGUUGAUAAGGACUGUGUAGUAUGGUGAAUAUUUGCAUUGUAGCAUUAAUUUCAUCCAUUCAAAGUAGGACAGGACAGAGCUGAAGUUGGUUAUUUAUUGAGUCCCCUCGAAUAAAUGGAAAACCAGCCCACAUAUAGAAAGAAAAUAUUAAAUAUAAUUUCACUAUUAACACCACCAGUAUAUAAAAGCCUUUUAACGUCAGUAAGCUUUUUCUUCUCCUUUUCCUUUGUGUACUGCCUAAACACCAAACUGAUGCCUUCAGAAUUGUUAUCAGGGGCAAUGAUAAGGAAUGCUGCAUUCUGUUGUGUGAAGUGAUGUGGAAAUCUCUCUUUUGUACGAUCAAUGGUUUUCUUGGCCUGGCUUGAGACAGUGAGUAUUUAGAGAUGCCCCAACCAAUCCGUUUCCCCUCUGUUUAUUUUAAAGAGCCUUUUCAAGUGCAUUGAGUGCAUUUCCCUUCUUUUUUGUUUUUUUACAACACCCUCCAUUGCCUUUUAUUUCACUCCCUGGCUCUACCAUCCCUCUCUCCAUGUGCCGUGUGUGUCUGUGUGAACACCACAGUGUGUUUCUGUAUUUGACCGUCUGAUGAAUAGACAGACAGCUGUGCCUGAAGCACACUGCUCCUCUAUAGAAAUAUCAGGAUGACUUCAAAAAUCAUCUCUCUUCUCUAUCUCUCAUUCUGCUGCCUUUUCAUUUUUGAGUGCACUACUACUGGUGUGAGAGCACCUCUUAAAGAGAAUACUCUACUCCUCAUUCUACACUGGAGACCAAUGUACUUUUAAGCUACUGUAUUCUGGAUGUCAUUACUUCUGUCAAAUGAGUGAAUGCUGUGUAUGUACUGCUUUCUGAUGGCUGUGGACCAUAGGAGUUUGACAUAUUACUGCCUAUGGUCCCAGUAUAGUAUGAUUCAUCAUCCUGCCAAGCUUCUGCUUUUAUGUUCCAUGUUGAGGGAAUAAUUUUCCUAAAGGCUAAAUAUACUACUUGGAACUGUGGGAAGAAGCUUUUAUAUAUAGCUAGCAUCAUUGCCUAAAAUCUGCUUAGCAGAAUGAGCUUACUGCUGAUGCAGUAGCACACAACCCUGAAAAUAUUUGGUAAUGAAGUUUUAGUCAAUGGUUUCAUUAAAUGAAAUGCUUUGAUAAAAACAAUGUUUUUGCCUGUGUUUGUCAAAUAGGCUGGUUCGGUCUACAGACUGGGCUUUUUAUCAGAACUUCAGUCAAAGAUCUUACUGUACAAUUGGUGGAUAUUUGGUUCACUACAGUAGACUACAGGAUGUGAUUUCUGUACAUAUCAGACUUGUAUCAGACAUCAAGAGCUAGUUAUCAUGUAUUACAGGUGCAUGAACAGGAAUUACCAUAUCAUUUGUGUUGUGAACAGAGAAAACGUCCAAUAGAACUCAGUCUGUUCUGUUAACUUGAUAUCUAUAUGGAGAUCAUGCCCAAGUAGGCUAGUACAGGAAUAAUCCAUCCUAUUGGUACUAUUAUAUCCAUUUAGUCAUAAAUCAUAUUGGUAUAUCCAUCAUAUUAUCUUGUUUGGCCUAUUGGCUGUAUUCUGCCCCACUACCCCACUUAUAGUGACUGUGGUCUCACAUUGUAGGUACUGUAUAAUACAGAUUUGAUAUGAUGGUAUUGACAGGGGGACCUUUCAGCACAAGCUUAGAGACAUCCUGCCCAGGACUGUGUCUCUCCCACACAACUUGCCAGCUAUAAACCAGUGCUAAAGCACCGCUCCCCGUUUGCGUCCCAAAUGGCACCCUAUUCCCUACCUAGUGCACUACUUUUGACCAGGGCCCAUAUAGGAAAGUGGGUGCCAUAUGGGAUGCAUCCCUCUGUACUCUCCCUCCCCCGCAGUCAACCCAUUAUUGUGUUCAGUUUUGUCCUGGAAAUUGAUAAUUGCGGGGCAUCAGCUUUCUUCAUUGACCAUGUGUUUGAUGCAGACAGGAACUGUCCACCCUUUGGAGUGUGUCUGAAGUUCUCUUUGUCUAUCUGUUGGCAGACACUGCAUGGCUUCCCCCUUCUACUUAUACGUUUCAACCUAAUGCCCAUUGAGCAAUAUUUUCUCACUGUCAGAGCAGUCAUUUCAAGGAAGCGGUGGGUAGCUGAAAGAGAAACAGGAUAGGAUGAGGGCAUUGGAGAACAUCACCUACUGACUGCCUCGGGCCUUCAAGCUGGAGUGCAUUUUUAGAGAUGUACUGUAUCUAGGUUUUGUACAUUGAAUGUUGAAAAUGUUAUAUCUUAUAUAGAAUGCAUAAUGUUAUAUAAAACCAACUUUUUCUAUACAAUCAAUAAAUCUGAUGGUAAAUGAGAGAGA